ACUUGUGGCAACUCCCGCCAGCUGGCAACGCGAAAGCCAGAUUGUUUAUAUUACUUGCGAGCCAUAUUUCAUAUUUUAUAUUCACUUUUUCGGCAUUUACUAUGCAGAUCACAAUCAAAGUGCUCAAGGGCCAGGACUGCACGAUCGAGGUCGCGCCGACAUCCACGAUUCUGGAGGUGAAACAACAGAUAGAAGUGGAACUGCAAAUAUCGGCGGCCAAUCAAAAGUUAUUGCUUCUGGGACGUCCCUUGAACAAUGACCAGACCAUCGCAUCCUAUCCCAAUAUCAAAGAGGGCACCAAACUCAAUCUAGUGGUGAUGAAACCGUGCCUGAGGGACAGCAUUCUGCGCGGAUUCCGGAAGCACUAUUCGGAACACCAGGCGGAACGUCUGACCAACGAGUUUAUGGCCGACUUCGAGAAGAAAAUCAACGAACAGAGCCUGGAUGAUUUGGAGAGACUGGCGGACAGUAUAGUCAGCAGGGCGGCCACAUAGCCCCACUAGAAACUUAAAAAAAAACCCAACCCCCUCCAAGCAUGACGAAAGUCUAUCCUCAACCUAUUGUUUUAUUUCCCCCCCAAAAGAAUGAGGUAGUAAAAAUUAAGACUUGACUGAAAAGUA